AUGGCUCUCAAGGCCAUGUCCAAGCACUUCAGAUGCCUUAAGAACAUGAUAUCUGACCAGCUUCGGCGGUCGAACAAUGGAGUGGGAGAUGAAGGGAUCGGCAUCGGCAGAGAAGAUGAUUCGAGCUUUGGGCUCCUCAACAGUAAUGGUUGCCUUGGGAGAACGAUUAAUAGCAAUGGCACAUUUGCUCAACCACAUGUUUGGUAUCCUACUGAUAUGGACAAGCAGAACUUGGCUAAACAAACAGGUAUCACCAGAAACCAGGUCUCUAACUGGUUUAUCAAUGCGAGAGUGAGGCUUUGGAAGCCGAUGGUGGAGGAAGUGCACUCCUUAGAGAUGCAUCAGAAGCAUCAACCGUCUGCCGGCCGUGAACAACCUCGUCCACAUUCAUCUUCGAAGGUGAGCAUGUUCGGUGGUGCAUCCAACCAUGAGCGUGUCUCGCUCACCCUCGGCCUCGAGGAGUGCGGCGACGCUUAUUUCGGGAAGGACGUCGGCAGCCGCUUGCUGCAGGAUUUUGUUGGGUGA